UGUACUAUUUAUCAUUCUAUUAACGAUAAACAACAGCUGGUAAAUUCAUGCUAAAAUUCCAUGUGAACAUUUCCACAAAGAAAUGCGCUGUGAACUUUGUAAUCUUGGGUUUAUUCACCCUUACUCCGUAUACCUCACUAAGUCCUCUCUUUGAUUUGCCAAUCUAAGCUAUUAAUAAGUUUUGUGCACAGCUGCACUCGAAAUAACCAACUCCUGAUUUGAUUUGAUUUCAAUAACCAUAGGCUGAAUAUAAAUUCUGGGUGAUCAAGCGCACAGAGCCAGUCAAAUAAGAGUGGCUUUGGCACAAGCAAGACCUCAGUCAAACCUUUAAAUCGCUUUAAUACUAAGGGAAAAUUCAAGAAUAUAUUUUCUACGGACACAUUUGGAAGAGCUAUUCUUGGUAGACACUCCCAACAUGACACACCAAUUUCCUGCAGGUCCAUUUCAUUUACAAUUCCAGAACCAUGGUGGCAUGAACCAGCUCGGUGGAGCAUUCGUUAAUGGUCGACCUCUUCCUGAUUACAUUCGUCACCGCAUCAUCCAGUUGGCAACGUACGGUGUUCGUCCGUGUGAGAUCUCUCGCCGACUGCUUGUGUCCCAUGGUUGCGUUAGCAAGAUUCUUGGCAGAUAUUAUGAAACUGGUUCCAUUCGACCUGGUUCCAUCGGAGGCAGCAAACCCAAGGUGGCAACGCCUCCAGUUGUGUCGAAAAUCUUACAAUACAAGCAACAAAAUCCUACCAUCUUCGCUUGGGAAAUCAGGGAUCGUCUGGUCGAGGAGGGUAUCUGUGAUCGUGAAAAUACCCCUAGUGUCAGUUCAAUCAAUCGGAUACUCAGGAACAAAGCAGCAGAAAGAGCUGCACAGUUCGCCAUGCUGGAAAGGGAGCGUCAACAUCUUGCAAGCUUGUAUGGCCUGCAUCCAUGGACACCCAUGUCUGAUUCCCAAAUCCAGUGGAGCUAUCCUACGUAUCAUCACUCAGCUUCUGAAGAUGAGGAAAGACUCGUGCAGCAGGCGGAAYUAGAGAGGAAAAUACUUGCUGAUGCUUAUUCUGAUGAAAUCAUGUCAAAGUCCUCAGACUAUGGAAGCACUAGAGUAGGAGUAGAUGAUCAUAAAGUGACACAAUCAAAGGAAGAAACAACGGCUGAAGAGAGCACGGAGCGCCAUGACAAAGCAUCAUCAGUGAUUAGUCAAACAGAAGAACGCCUUACAAUAGACGUAACCGACUUCCAUCACCAUGACGACGAAGAUCAUAUCAAAGUCGACGUUGCCAGUACAAGUGACAGUGUUUCCAUUCAUGACGUCAGCAGUGACGACGAGCGAAUCAAAAGUGACGAUAUUCAAGCCAAUCAGAAACGAAAACUGCGACGAAAUAGAACGACAUUCAGCCCUGAUCAACUGGAAAUGCUUGAGAAGGAAUUCGAAAAAUCUCAUUACCCGGAUGUUGCAACGCGGGAAGACCUGGCCAAUAAAAUCGAUAUGUCCGAGGCUAGAGUACAGGUGUGGUUUUCCAACCGCAGAGCGAAGUGGAGACGACACCAGAAAAUCGCCAACAUGCCUCACAUGGGCCACCAUUCCUUAGUGGGCAGCUGUUUCCCUAUGUGUCGAGAGUGUGAUAUGGCAGACAGACAAUGUUCUCUACUUAAUUCUCAUUACGAUCAGACUAUCAGUUCUCUGGACAUGAUUUCACGUAGAGACAUUGCAUCAUCAGCAUCAUCUAGCGCCAUGAUGCAUACAUCAGAAUCUACCAGCUCGAAUUGUACACAAGAAUGUUCAUGUUCGCGCGGGUAACCGGUUAACUGACGCAAAUUGACGUGUUACGUAAUUGAAAAAUCAUGUAAAAAGCUGCGCGCAUUCGAAUUUAUUGCUCMAUCAUUUAUGAAUAUACAAUAUAUAGUCUUUAUGUUGGUACCAAAGAUUGGCAUUAAAYGGUUCUCAUGGGUUGGUGACCCCUUCCCCUUCUCACUGUCAAUACUCCACACUUCACAAAAGUUACGAUGUGAAGAGAUAUCGGAAAAAUUCAAGGAUUUUCUCGUUUCUCGUAGUCCUGACAUUAAGGCCGCAUUCGAAAGGGUGAGUGACCCGUGUGAACAAGUAUCUCCACAAUAUAAAACGAUUGCCUGAUUAARAAUAACAUGGUGCAUAGAAUGUAUCAUAAGAAUCAACUAAAAUAUCAACAUCUUUUACCAAAAUACAUUUAAGGCCUUUAUGUAAAUAAAAGAAUUCUUAUCUUAUAAA